CCAUAUUUACUAUACAGCGGUCGGAUAGUACCGCUACAUUGCCUAUAGAUACAGCCAUUCAACAUUUUGUGUACUAAAAGUUUGUUUGUAUCGAACAAUGAAAUAAAGUACACAAGAAUAAGGAAAGUGAAUUUAUGCUAAGUAAUUAAGAAAAACGGAUUAUCGGUAUCAUGUCUACUGAUUUUUAUAUACGAUAUUACGUUGGCCACAAGGGAAAAUUUGGUCAUGAAUUUCUCGAGUUUGAGUUCAGACCCGAUGGAAAAUUGCGGUAUGCAAAUAAUUCUAAUUAUAAAAAUGAUACUAUGAUACGGAAGGAAGCGUACGUUCAUCAAUGUGUUAUGGAAGAAUUGAAACGGAUUAUUCAAGAUUCGGAAAUCAUGCAAGAGGACGAUUCACUAUGGCCACAGCCUGAUCGAGUGGGUCGUCAAGAAUUGGAAAUUGUUAUCGGAGAUGAGCACAUAUCAUUCACAACCUCAAAAACAGGAUCGCUUUUGGACGUUAAUCAAUCACGAGAUCCCGAAGGACUCCGAUGUUUUUAUUAUCUUGUACAAGAUUUAAAGUGUUUAGUAUUUUCCCUUAUAGGGUUACACUUUAAGAUAAAACCUAUAUAAAACAACGUUAAUUUAUAUAUUCUUCAUCUUGCAGAUAUUUCUACUAUUAAUAAUACACAUGUAAUUUCUUAAUAAAUAGGAUAAAUGAAAA